UCGUACCAUGAUAUCCGUUGAGGAAGCGCUUUUGAUUCAUCGGGCACAAUAAUGGCCGCUAUCCAACACCGCUGUUGUUUUCUCAGCGGUCGAGUCUCCUUUGGAGGGUCAUCGAAGCUCACGUCGUCCUGAAGUCUCCAUUUCAUCUGUCGCUCCCCGGGUCUCUGACAGCCUAAAUGUGACGUUUGCCACCCGCUCCUUCACCAGCCAAUCAGCGCCUCAGCAACGCAGCAGGAAGGUCGUCUCCUGGUUCAUCGUGGUCAUCGUGUCCAUCGUCCUGACUGAAGUCAUGUCUGGUCCAGGAGACUUACCGGCCAUCGAGGGUCCCGGGAUGGGCGGGAUGAAGCUUCCCAUCGGGAUGACCCGUCGAGCCCUCAGCUACGACGAUAACCUGGAGGCCCCCAUGUCCACGCCGCCGCACGACAUCAGCAUCAACAACCUGUGGAGACGACCCGUCAUACCAGACAGGAGGUUCACACGGCUGGCUGAGGAGGACGAGAGCGGUGCUGUGAGUCAGCUGACAGUUUCAGAGAGCGCCAUCUCCAGGUCGCCGACUGUAGUGAAAGCCAAGGCGUCCUCCAUCAUCAUGAGUUCUUUCAUCACCAAGCAGACACAGGAUAGCAUGUACAAGUUUGAGCAGAGGGCGGGGCUUACUGACGCCAGCUACACACCCCAUAAAGGCCUCACCGCCGAGGAGACGAGACACCACCACCGCAUCCCUGAAUCCCUCCAGAAACUGCAGAUCCAGAGCAUGGAGGCCAAAGAAGAGCGACAGAGCUCGUCCUGCCAGUCCACUCCCUCCAACACACCACAAACGUCCCCGAGACAACUCCGCAGGAGUUGGUUCAGCAGCACGGGAUCAGAGAUCAGCAUGAGCUCCUCCAACAGCAGCAUAGACAUGGGAGGAGGAGGGGGAGGAGGAGGGGGAGACGCGGCAGGAGGCGCGGUCGAACGCUGGACCAUGUUUGGUCCGCGGCCACACGUACAUAAAUCCACCUCGGACCUGGGAGCAGAGUCUACAACUGCAGCAGGCUUUGCAGUGCAGGCGUACAGAGGUGCCCAGAAGCCGACCCCCAUGGAGGUAAUGAAGGCGCAGAACACACGGCUGGGUGACGCACCCGUGGCGCAGGCGGUGGCCCCCCCCAAAAUGGAGAUUCCCUCAGUGGAGAGCCGGCGGCAGGGAUCGCGGCCGCACAAGCUCAAACCCAGAGACAUGAACAUCCUGACGCCCUCUGGCUUCUAGGAGGACACAUUGCACCCCGUGGAGCGGACCCCCAAAGGUCCCAUGAGAUGAAAACUCACAAACUGUUACACGAGCCGUCUUCAUGUUAGCAUCCCUCACCGGUUAGCAUCUAGCAUCCCGGAUCACAUUUCACUUCAAGGUUCCUCUUCAGUAUGAAUCUGACUUUGAGACUGUACGGGUCUGAUGAAGGCUGACACAGACACGACCGAGCUAAUCCCAACAUCUGGGAAUAACAAAACAUGUGGCCAAGAAGACGGCAGAAGACGGCCAUGUUGAAGAAACUCACAGGAUGAUCCCUGCAUCACCUCGUCCAAGGUGCUGCACCGAUGACCCCUCAUUGCACUUAGAAGACCUAGCUACACUCAAAGUUAAGGUUUAAAAAAUCACUUUGAAGGAAAGCAGCUGUUCACCGGGCACGCCAUUCUGCCGUCUUCUCGUGUCAAAUAUUUCAUGGGACCUUUGAAAGCAGCAACAUCCAGAUUUCCACUCAACACUGAAACCCUCGAUCUUCACCCUCCAAUCAUUCCAGGGUUAGAAGAAUUAAGACGUCACCGUCUGCUGUAGCUGCUUUUAGGCGUUUAGAGUGUCUCUCUCUCUCUCUCUCUCGCCCGCCCACUUUAAGGGGAACAUGAUGCUGAUUCUGGUUUUGAAAUGACCCCCCUGUAGAUGCACUUUAUACCCUCUCCCCUCCACCCAAACGAGCUCUACAUUUACUUUUGACUCGUCUCCUUUGAUUGGACAUUUCACUCAGCAGGAUGGAAACAAUCGGCCUCUCAGAAUCUGAAACUCGGUUAAUUUAUAACAAGCUAACCGAACAAAAAAGAAAAGGUUAAAAAUUGUCUCAGGAAAUGGUUUCACUCGAGCUCCCGCUCUCUGAAAUGUUCCAAUUAUUGUUUUUUUUAUGUUUUAAUGUAUAAAUAGAGAUGUGUUUUUAUUUUUUUUUACUUCUGAUGUAACAACAGUUUUGGUUCUUUUGGGAUCAGAAGAAACGUGACCCGUUCUCAAGUGUGUGGAAAAAAACCAAACUGACAUGUUAACUGCUCUCACACUGACUCUGGAGAGUUUGAGGGUUUUCAGAUUAGUGGACUCAGCAGAGGGCUUAAAGCUCUGAUGAAGGAUCCUGUGAGAAGUAUACCACAUGAUUCAAAACGAUACAGUAAGGCUCUUCAGUCACAUAUUUUACCCAAGACUGCUGAAAGCAAAUGUGGCAGAGCAUUGUCUGAAAAUGCACAAAUGCUCUGGCAACAUUUGGUGAUUAAAACAAACGAAUCACCCGAUACUGGAUGCCUAGGACUUCUGUUUUUGUUGCUGUGGUAUCAAAACAGAGAUUUAUUUCAUGUGAUUCGUACUAGAAUCUAAUCAGGUUCAGGAAUCUGGUGUCAUGUGGUCGAUGAGUGAAGACACAGCUGGUGUGCACGCUCGCUUCAUCCUGCACAAACCAUCAACUUCAAAAAAUCAUCAACAAUCUGAUUUUGACUCUGAAAUGAAAACGUGCAUUCAAGUGGAAAAAUGUUUUAAAAUGAUUGAUGAAGAACAUGCAUCAUGUUGGAAUCAGUUCUUUAAAUUUAUCAAUUUUCAUGCUAAGUUUCUGCAAGAUGACGCGUGCGUGCACCAUCGUACAGCGUGAUGAAAUGUAGCAUAUCGCUGGUCGUUGUUUUUUUUUUUACGGGCGCCUAAAGAAGACACACAUCUAUACUUUUUUAUUUUGAGUCUUCUUGGUUAUUCUCUCGAGAUCUUAAAUUAUUUAUGUCGGGAGGAUGGCGCUGGUUUUCUCCAGAAAUGAACUUGUAACUAUUUGAAAAACAUCGUUGGAUGAAUAAAUCUAAACCUCGAGAGAUCGACCGAAGCAAACUCGUCAUCGCAGGAAAAUGGAGUCAAAAUAAAACCUAUGGAUGUGUGUCCUUCCAGGGCUUCCGUAGUUUUUGGUAAGGCUUCAACACUUCAGUUUUUCUGCAUCGAUUCCCACGCCGUUUUCAAAUCCAACUCGUUCACCAACCGUAACUCUGGUCGUGGUCGUGGUCACGUCUCUGUAGUACUCGUGUCGACACAGAAGAACAAAAAAAACUCUGCUGUGAGUCUUAAAUAUUCAAAUGAACAUGACUGUUUCUGUUU